CGCGCACGCUUUGGGCGUGACUCUGCGUGAGACAAAGGCUACAUGUUGUUUCGCUUUAGUCGAAAGGGAGAGGAAAGCUCGGGUGCUGCAAGGAGAGUCUGCGAAAGAAUAUGAGCUGCAGCUUCGCCUGUUGUUCGUAGUCUUAUUAACCCGAAUCCGAUUCAUAUUUGACAUCUUUGUCACGAUGGCCAAGCGGUGAUUUUUUUUUUAGUCUACAUUCGGAUAUUACGAAGUCGAUGUUAUUAGACAAAGUAUCAUGAAGAAUAAAAUGGAGAAACCGACGUGCAAAUGUAAUUGAGAACGGUUAGCACUGACGUAAGAGACUGUUUAUGUAAAAUAUGAAAUGAAACUUGGACAACAGCAUCGUAACAUUUGUUGAAACAUCGAGCAGAAAUUCGAAAGGCGGCGGGCAGUAUUUCCUGCAGCUGUUUUAAAUGAGAAUGUCAUUAGCACAGAGGGUUUUAAUGACUUGGCUCUUUACCCUGCUCUUCUUAAUUGUUUUGGUCCUGAAAUUGGACGACAAAGCCCCUUGGAACUGGAUCCUCAUAUUCAUCCCGCUCUGGAUUUUUGAUACCAUUUUAUUAAUGAUGUCGAUCGUAAAGAUUAUAGGGAGAUGCAAAUCGGGCUAUGACAGGAACAGUAAUAAUCUCAAGAAAGAGAUCUGGUAUUUCUGCGCCAUGCUGCUUAAACUAAGUUUUCUGUUGGCACUGAGCGCCAGACUGGAACAUUUCUCACAAAUGAAACUCACUUUCAUUUUUAUACCACUCUGGCUCUUGCUCAUUGGAGCAGUUGGUGAUCUAGUCUAUAAUAUGUAUUCUAUGAGACAAGACUAAUGGACAAUUAGGGACACUCUGGUCGUGACGCUAAUUAUUGCCCCAGCAUCAGUAGUUGAUGCGGGAUUCCACAUAAAUAUACCGAAAAACUUAUUGGACGGUGUAUUACAAUUGUUUUUAAAUUCAAGUGUCCCGCUCUAUAAAUGUCACAAUUUGCGGCUGCUUUCAUCGAGCUUUGUGAAGUUAUCAUGUAUAAAAAUCAGAAAUGGAUGUAGCCAUAUCACGAGUUUGUUCAAGCAAAAUAUACAAUUAGCGAAAUUCAAAACCUUUUUUACGUUUUGAUAAUUACACUAACAUGGGACAGCCCCUUUUUCUAUAUGAGAAGUUUCUGGUUAAUGCUUUAAUUUUUCUUAUUUAUAAAGCACAAAUUCAGAAAAUAGUCUUAUUUCUAACUAAUAUAUAUAUAUCACGAUUUGCUCAAUUCGAGGAUAAUUGUAAUGAAUUGACCUAUUGCAUAUGUACUAGUAGUAUUUGGUAAAGGCUGCAGCACUGAGUUGAAGCACAUUCAAAACAUGGUUUAUUAAGCAAGCAGUUGAUGACAGGAUUGCAAUAUUUUUAAAUCUGCACAAAAUCCAAAUAAUGCACGUAUCUUUUCCAGUCACUUGCUGUAUUAAAUGUCAACAAUAUGCACGGUUUUUUUUCUUUUACACCAUGAGCAUAUUUCCAAAACAAAACAACGUGGACUGUGAAAGAUACAGUAAAUGAGUAACAAUGUGUUAAAUGCCCUUUCCUGUAAGGCAGGAAGUCUAGGUUCAAGUGCCACUUGUGUCAGUGGUGUAUAACAUCAUCUCUGAAUAGGCUGAUUAGAAAAUAUCAGUAAUUGUAGCACCUUACCCACUUAGGAAUAGGGUAGGUAAAGGUCAGGGAUACAAAUGCUCCCUAUCAUACACCCCCAACCCCACCCACAAUUUGGGAAGGGACCCGUUAUAGAUUCCAUUUAACACCCAACUCUAAAGUUGCUUUUGUCUUAAGAGAACCAUAGGGCUGCUCUCAGAGAGAGAGAGAGAGAGAGAGAGACAACUGGUGGGGAAUUUAACCUGAAAUUCACCACACUUUGGACAAGGUCAAGCCAACAGGCUCUUUAUGGAGGCCUCAACCAGUCCCAUUCUACAAGAUCAUCCCUAUAGAAGGGUGUGUAUCAGGGUUAUUGUUAUAGGCAGAACAUUGCAGGGACCAUCAACACAAAUGCUAAAAAUACAAGGGGAUGGGUAACAAAUUCACCCAAGAAAAUAGCCCUCUCGGACAGCUAGUUAGGGCAAAUUACCCCGACCAGUGGGAGGACAAAGUGUGAUUUGCAAUUGUUAUUUUUCUGGAAUGUCAACUCCCACCCACAACCAUCUGCCCAUCAUUUUCUGCCCCCUCCACAGUUUCCACUGUUAGACUGAAAGGUAUAUUUUCUACAUUUUCCCAUCUCCAUAGAUUGAACAGCACUGGACCAUGGUGUGUCUAUACUCUAUGAGCCUUCUCCCACUCUGCUUCAUCUAACCAGCAUAACUUUCGAUUCUUCUCCUUUUAUGUAGCUAUCAUUUGGCUCAACCUUUCUGUCAAUGAACUCUACAUUCUCUCCACUCUUAAGGCACACAAUUUGAGGUUGAGAUAGAGGGAAUGUUGAGCUCUCAGAAAUGCAAUUUUUCAGAUGAAAUGUCGAAACGUGGCACCAUGUCUGGUUAGGUGAAUGUAGGUAAUAUUUGACAAAGAAUGGGGAAAUUUCCCAGUGUCUUGGCCAUUAUUUGGCCUCGAACAACAGCUCAGAAAACAUUACAGGUUCUCUGAUAAUUAUUACAUUGCUGUUUGUGGAGUAAUGCUGGGCUCAAAUUAGCUAACUGGUUUUUAAAACUUAAGAGCAAAAUGUGGAAUCUGAACCUAUUUUCUAUUAUGUAUGUAUUUAGAAUUAGAUUAAGAUGGUUGGAUGAAACGUUCAUUCCACUCUGAUUUAGCAAACAGAAUGCUGGAGAAACGCAGCAGAUUAGCAGCACCUGAGAAAGAAAAAGUUACUAUUGAAUGCAGAACUGAAAGGUGCUGGAAUUUUUUUAAAAAGUUCUGACAGAGUGGAGUUUCUCCAGUUUCAACAUUUGUUUCAAAACGUUUGGCACAGAUGUUGAAGGGCUUAUGCCCGAAACGUCGAAUUUCCUGUUCCUUGGAUGUUGCCUGACCUGCUGCGCUUUUCCAGCAACACAUUUUCAGCACAGAUGUUGAAUGGUCAUGAAGAACUGUAUAUAAAUGUUAUUCUUUGUAGUUAUUAUUUCUGGGCCUUAAUGGAAGCCCCCACAUACUUGUAUCUCAU